AUGUCAGAUAGUGAUAGUGGAACAGAAGAUAUUGCUUCCAGUCUUGUGACGAAGAGCAAUCCUUUGUUGAACAAUGAUGCCGAUAGCUCUGACGAAGAAGGCUUAUCUACAAAUGAAAAUUAUGAGGUUCAAGACGAGAUUAUUCCUUCAUCGGACGAAGAGAAGAAGGAGCCAGAACAGAAAAAACAAAAAAAUAAAAGGAUCAAGACUUCCAAACCAGCUAUUGUCUCUUUUCCCGUACUAGAAGCAACCGAGGAAGGUGAUGACAUGGACAAAGAAGACCGUGAUGAUUCCAGAUUCAUUCUCUCGGUGAAACAGCAAGUAGCUAGAUCCAAGGCGAAAUCAAAGGGAACAUUUGCAUCCUUUGGCAUCAGCAGACAGGUGCUCAAUAACAUCAAGCGAAAAGGUUAUAGAAUACCCACUCCUAUUCAAAGAAAGACAAUUCCCCUCAUAAUGGGGGAUAGGGACGUUGUUGGUAUGGCACGUACUGGAUCUGGUAAGACAGCGGCAUUCUUGCUUCCGUUGGUGGAGAAACUUAAGCAGCAUUCACAGAAGAUUGGUAUUCGUGCCGUGGUUCUUUCUCCCACCAGAGAGCUUGCUUCACAAACUUACAAGCAGUUGAACGAGUUUGCCAGAGGAGUCGAUCUUCGCAUAUUACUUCUUGUUGGUGGUGACUCCCUUGAAGACCAAUUUGGUGCUAUGGUUAACAAUCCGGAUGUAGUCGUGGCUACACCGGGUCGUUUUCUUCAUUUGAAAGUGGAGAUGAGAUUAAAUUUAAGGUCUGUGGAAUACAUAGUGUAUGACGAGGCUGACAGGUUGUUUGAGAUGGGAUUCAGCGAACAGUUGAACGAGCUUUUGGCUUCUUUAUCCGAUAGACGCCAGUCUCUUCUUUUUUCUGCUACUCUACCUAGAAACUUGGUUGAUUUCGCCAAGGCAGGACUUACCAAUCCAGUUUUGGUUCGACUUGAUGCCGAGUCUAAAAUUUCAGAGAAUUUACAGAUGUGUUUUGUUUCUUCAAAGAAGAACGAACGUGAUGCUAACUUACUAUUCAUCCUCGAAGAAAUUAUCAAAAUGCCGUCUGCUUCCAAGAAACAACUAGAAGAUCUUAGAAAGUUAACUGCUUGGGAUGGAGAAGGCGUAGAUUAUGAUGAAAGUGAUGGGGAUGACUUUAAUAAGAAAAGAAGCCGCAACCAUUCGUUUAAAGUGAAGUCAGCAAGGGCGAACGAGCUUCCGAGCAAGCACGCUACCAUUGUAUUUGUGCCUACAAGGCAUCAUGUUGACUUUGUAACGAAACUUCUAGAAUCAUCGGGAUUUUGCGUGGCAUAUAUUUACGGUUCUUUGGACCAGCAUGCCAGAAAAAGACAGCUUUUGGCCUUCCGUUCCGGAAUUUGCUCUAUUCUUGUGGUUACUGAUGUGGCAGCGCGUGGUAUUGAUAUUCCUAUUCUAGCUAAUGUGGUCAACUAUUCCUUUCCAACGUCAUCGAAACUUUUUGUUCAUCGUGUCGGCAGGACUGCUCGUGCUGGUAAUAGUGGAUGGGCUUAUUCCAUUAUCAGUGAAGCCGAACUUCCUUAUUUACUAGAUUUAGAGGUGUUUCUAGGCCGUAAAGUUUUACUUACAACGAUGCAGGAGAAGAAGAUUGAAAUUCUGAAGCACAGAUGGGGGGAGAAGCAUAGUGGAGUCCUUGAUGAAUUUUCAGAACCAAAAGUGUCAUAUACCUCGAGAUUGGUGUUGGGAAGCGGACCAAGAGUUGAUGUGGAAGAAAAACAGGAGAUAUUCGACACUAUAAUGAAGAGUCACUACGAUAUGACUGUACAGAGAAAUGUUUGCGAGAGAGCAGAGAAGAUGAUCAAAAGAACAAGACAACCAGCAUCUGCAGAUGCAGUUCGCAGGGCCAAGGAGAUGUUGGUUUUUGGUUGGGACGAGCAGAAUUUAUUGUUUGGAAAGAAUCAAGAGAAAGAAAAGGAUAUACUUCUUGCACAGUUCCAGAACAGAAGGCACAAAGAAACCGUUUUUGAGUUUGCUGGAGCAGACGAUUACUUGGUUGAUUUGAUGGCUAAGAGGCGGCGUGAGAUUGCGCCUAUUCAGAAACGUGCGAAGAAGAAAAGAGAACUUCUGGAACAGGAAAGGAUGAUGGGACUAACGCAUAGGCUUGAGGAUGAAAUAGAACGGAACAAAGAAGGGAAGGAUAAAGAUGAAGCUAUGGAGGUUGGAUUUGAUGUUAAAGAAGAGGAACUAAUGAAUAAUUUCCAGGACGCAGAUCAAUUAGAGGAAGAGCAGAAAAUAAGUAAGAGACAGAAGAGAAGAGCACUUGGCCAGUCUAGUUAUAGAGAUCCGAACUUUUACCUCUCUCACUAUGCACCAACUUCAUCGAUUCAAGAGCAGCAGCUUUCAGUUGGUGGUGGAUUUGUAAAUCAGGUUCAAGAUGCGGCAUUUGAGAUCAAUGGAGACGAUGGUAAGAGUAAGACAGGUCAAAAGCAGAACAUUGUGUGGGACAAGAAGAAGAAGAAAUAUGUCAAGAAUCAGGAUAAUAAAAGAUACAUUAUGGGAGAAAAUGGACAGAAGAUUCCGGCCAGUUUCAGAUCGGGCAAGUUUGACGAAUGGAAAGAGAAGAACAAGAUAGAUGAUUUUAGAGUUGGAUCUAUGGAGACAGCUACCACGGCAUCUUCAACGGAGCCUCUUUCUGGCCGGAAAGUCCAUGGAAGAUAUAUGCAUAAGCAGCAGAGAGCUCCAAGACUCCCAGAUAGAGCUAGAGACGACUACACCAAACAGGUGGAGAAGGUCAAAAAUGCUACGGCCAGAGGUAUUAGUGUUAAGGGCUGGCGUGCCAAAGGAGUGGCAGAGAACGAACUUAAAAGUACAGAAGAUAUUAGAAAGCAAAGGGAGUUGAAGGAUAAGAGAAAAGCCAAGAAUGCCCGACCUAGCAGGAAAAGAUAUUAA